AUGGCUUCCUUAUACCUCAAUUCCUUACUUCCGCUUCCUCCUUCUUCUCACCCUCAGAAACUUCUAGAAUCUUCUUCAUCCUCUUCGCUGAGCACUUCCAAUUGCAACGAAGUAGCUCUGAAGCCAAUCGUCGUCAAUGGAGAUCCACCCACUUUCGUCUCUGCCCCUGCUCGCCGUAUCAUCGCAGUUGGAGAUCUUCACGGCGAUCUGAGUAAAGCAAGAGAUGCGCUUCAGAUUGCCGGAGUCUUAAGCUCCGACGGACUAGACCACUGGAUCGGCGAAGACACUGUACUAGUUCAGGUAGGAGAUAUACUGGAUCGCGGCGAUGAUGAAAUUGCAAUACUCUCCUUAUUGAGGUCACUUGAUGAUCAGGCGAAAGCUAACGGUGGAGCUGUUUUCCAGGUUAAUGGGAACCAUGAGACGAUGAAUGUUGAAGGAGAUUACAGAUACGUAGAUGCGAGAGCAUUUGAUGAGUGUACAGACUUUCUUGACUACUUGGAAGACUAUGGACAAAACUGGGACAAAGCGUUCAAAAAUUGGAUUUUUGAGUCGAGACAGUGGAAAGAAGAUAGGAGAAACUCUCAAACUUACUGGGAUCAAUGGAAUGUAGUAAAGAGGCAAAAGGGAGUGAUUGCAAGAUCGGUUCUUUUCAGACCAGGUGGUCGAUUAGCAUGUGAGUUGUCGCGUCAUGGAGUGAUCUUGCGUGUUAAUAACUGGGUUUUCUGCCACGGUGGUCUCCUUCCUCACCAUGUUGCAUACGGCGUAGAGAGGAUAAACAGAGAAGUCUCUACUUGGAUGAGAAGCUCUGCCGACGACUAUGAAGACAGUCCUCAGAUGCCGUUCAUAGCCACUCGGGGUUAUGACAGUGUGGUCUGGAGCAGACUUUACUCAAGAGAGACCUCUGAUCUUGACGACUAUCAAAUUGACCAGAUUAGUACAAUUCUCCAACAAACACUUGAAGCUGUCGGUGCCAAGGCGAUGGUGGUCGGGCAUACUCCCCAGUUAUCAGGCGUUAACUGUGAAUAUGGUUGCGGCAUAUGGAGAGUUGAUGUGGGAAUGUCCAGUGGUGUUCUUGACUCUAGACCAGAGGUUCUGGAGAUAAGAGGGGACAAAGCCAGAGUUAUAAGGAGCAACCGGGACAGACUUCAUGAACUUCAGGUUGCAGAUUACAUCUAA